AUGCGAGCUCCACCGCUUAGUGCGAUCCUCGCGUUUUCUCUCGGGUUCUUGGUGCUUAGCUCAAACUGUGACGAAGAUGAUUCUGAAAAGCCAAAGAAGCUUCAAAUAGGCAUUAAGAAGCGUGCCGAUACCUGUCCCACGAAGUCUCGCAAAGGGGACUUGUUGCACAUGCAUUAUUCGGGAUCUCUGGAAGAUGGUAGUAUCUUCGAUAGCAGUUACGAGAGGAAGGAACCUUUGACUUUCACCCUAGGCAUGGGACAAGUCAUCAAAGGAUGGGAUCAGGGAUUGUUGGGAAUGUGUGAGGGAGAGAAACGGAAGCUGGUGAUCCCUUCAUCGCUGGGUUACGGAGAAUCUGGUGCACCUCCAAAAAUCCCUGGUGGUGCGACGUUGAUUUUUGAAGUGGAGCUGGUCAAAAUCGAACGUCGCAACGAGCUUUGA